GCUUGUUGAUGUCGACGCAGCUGAUAAAAGUCAAAUAUUAUAUAUAAAAGACGCUCCGGGAGUUGUACGGUUGAUCUCUUUGUCCCCCCCCCCACCCUUUCCCCCUGCCAGAACCAAUUGGGCAAGGAGCAAUCAAGUCAAAAUGGAGAAUCUUCACCCCCAUUGCCUUAAAUGCAUCAACAGAAGAUGCAUGGUAAGACCAGAGACAGGUGUUUCCUGUGACCUCAUUGGCUGCCCCCUCGUCUGCGGGGCGGUUUUCCACUCGUGCAAACUUGAGGAACAUCGUUUACUGUGUCCAUAUGAGCGGCUGCCAUGUUUAAACAGUGGAUUUGGCUGCCCGUUCUCUAUUGCGAGGAUCAAGAUGGCACAACACCUUGAAACUUGCCCGGCAAGUAUAGUGUGUUGUACUAUGGAGUGGAACCGCUGGCCUGUGAGCUACGCUGAUCGCAAGUCCUAUGAAAACUUGAGCAAAGACUUUGAUGAGGUAGAGCAGCUAGAUAUGGCCUUGGCCCUGCAGGAUCAGAGGAUGCUGUUAGAGUCCCUAAAGGUCACAACCACUGUGUCAAAGAACGGAGAUAAGGAGGCAGAUGAAAGUGACAAAAUGGCCACCGCAUCAAGUGUAACAGAGACAGUGCUGGGUAAUGGAGCAGUGGAAAUGGAAGAGGAGCCUUAUAAUGAGUUGUAUAGGGCCUCGGUGGAGACAAGUAGAAGUUUAGCAGCAGCCUUGGACAUCCUCACUAAUUCAAAGGACAUUGAAGUAAUUGUUGGAAAUUUAAACGGGGAACAGACCGAUAAGAAAGGAGCACUCCACAAUGGGGAAAAUGGUGAUUGUCACACUGAUUAUGUGGCUGAAGGUGGGAAGAAUGUAGACAUGCAAGAUAGUGACUCUGAUUCAGAGAGUGAGCUCGGAGCAGUCGGCGGAGUGGAUUGCGCAGUGGGGACGGAUGAAGACGACGGUAUUAGCUGGGUGGAAGAAAAUGAUUUUGUGGAGUUGUUUUUCGAAGAGAAAGGAGACCUUAUCAGCGAGCCAAUAAACGGUUCCAACCUUGUCUGGCCAGAGGUGCCUCAGAAUUACAUGCCUGUUGUAGCGCUGGAACCUCCUGUUCCUCAGCUAGAACCACUUUCACCUCCACUACCACCUCCACUGCCAUUCCUGCUGUCUGAUCACGUGAGAAACAACUUCUUGCAACAUUUGCCCACUGAACUCAGGUAUAGGUGCUUGGAGCGCAAACUACAGAACGUAGAAGUGCUUAGAGGGAUAAGCAUGUUUACAUUUAACGGACGCCGGGCUUUGCUGUCAGACCCGUACUUGUUCAGAGCAAAGAUGGAGGACAAGGCAGUAGACACAUCUGACCUGGAAGUAGCAGACGACCCCAUGGGGCUCCACGGCAUUGAUCUAAUCACUGCUGCGUUGCUUUUUUGCCUUGGCGACUCUCCGGGAGGCAGAGGAAUCUCAGACAGCAGGUUUGUAGAUGGCUACCACAUUGACUUUGGUACACAGACAUUCUCCUUCCCUUCAGCCAUCCUCGCAACCAACACCAUGGUGGGAGAUAUCGCUUCAGCCUCUGCGUGCGAUCACGCCAGCCCGCAGCUUUCCAACCCAAGCCCCUUCCACACCCUCAGACUGGACCUGGUGCUUGAAUGCGUGGCUCGAUACCAAACCAAGCAGCGCUCCAUGUUCACAUUUGUGUGCGGGCAGCUGUUCCGACGGGAUGAGUUCUCAUCUCAUUUCAAAAAUGUUCAUGGGGAUAUCCAUGCUGGACUCAAUGGUUGGAUGGAGCAACGCUGCCCCUUAGCCUAUUACGGCUGCACCUACUCCCAAAGACGAUUCUGCCCGUCCGUACAGGGCUUCCGAAUCAUCCACGACAGGCACCUCGGCUCUUUCGGGGUUCAGCCUGGUCAACCCCCCAAAAAUGGGGUCGUAAAAAACACCUGCCACUUUGGAUCUAAGUGCGAUCAACUCAGCAGUCUUCCAUUUGAGGUGUUGCAACAUGUUGCAAGCUUCCUGGACAGCUUCAGCUUGUGUCAACUGUCCAGAGUGUCCCGCACCAUGAGGGACGUGUGUGCCAGCCUGCUCCAGAUGCGAGGCAUGGUCGUCCUGCUGUGGGAGAAGAAACGGCGCGCUGAUGGGUCUCAUUCAUGGCAGAUCACAGACAAGGUGUGGAGAUUCAGCACAGCUUUCGGUACAGUGAACGAGUGGAAGUUUGCCAACAUUGCCAGCAUGGCCGACCACCUCAAAAAGUGCAAGUUCAAUACGAUUGCCCGUCGGGAAGAGGCGAUCCCUCUGCCGUGCAUGUGUUUCACCAGAGAGCUCACAAAAGAGGGGAGGUGUUUACGUUCGGUUCUCAAACCAGUAGCAUAAGUGAUCCUUUUUUAAUAAGAAGCCAGCUUUUUGACAUUUGAGACCAUCACAACUGAAAUACAGAUGUUUUCCUCCAGUGUUUACAGAUGUUAGUAAUAUCAGUCACUCCCAACCUCAGAAAUACGGAAAACUCCUGGUUGGAAGUCAGAAACCGUUUGUUGUUCUUUGCUUUACAGUGAAAGAAAAACUUCACUCCAAUAAAUAAGACAAAGCCAGUGUGGGGCCGAUUAUUUUUUUCAGCUGAGGCUGACAUGCUGCAAUCACUAAUCAGCACUGUUAUCAAAGGAAAUUGAAGAGCUAGCCUUGUAUCUUCCACUGUGGUGGAUUUAUGAAUACCAGUGUUGUACCCUUAUCUACCCUGACUUUGUGUAAAUAAUCAGAUGUUUUGAUGUAGGAUUUUUUAUUUUUUAUAUCAAAAGUCAGAACUGUGCUACAUUGGAGGUAAGAGUAGAGCCUUAACUCGUGAUACACUUGAUCUUCUAGUCAUGAGGUUGUUCAGAACAUCUCAGUGAGAUUUCUCAGCUGCUUCUAGCUGGAACAGUUUACUGGUAUCUUGCACGGUUUUUAUAUCUUAUCCUGAUACCUAGAGCGACCAUAUGUGUACUGCUUAGAGCUCAUAGAUUUAAUGGCUUUAAUUCUACAUUUUAAGACUGACCAAACAUCUGUUGUAGCUGUGCACAAUGUAUGCCAUUUUUACAGGCUGAAUAUAUUCACUGAGGUUGUUGACUUGUGUUCACCAGCAUAAGCAUGUCACCAUCAUGUGUGGUGUUUUUAAAUGUGUGUUUUUUGUGGUUUGGCACAUGCUGCUGAAGUUAUAUCUGUAACAAUGGUGGUCCAUCUUUUCUUUUCUCUCACUUCUGACUAAUGGGCUGGCGUAUUAGUCAGGUGAGAGGUGAAAUAACACUACUCACCAGCCAAAACCAGGCAGUACAUUUUAGCUGUGAUUGGCUUGUGUUUUGUCUCUUCAACCAGCUACUUUUGACACGAAACCAGCAACUUUUUGUAGGUUCUUUUAUCCAAAAAAGUGUAGCAACUAGUAAAAUAAUGAAUGUAUAACGAAUCAUUGAGUUUAAGAAUCCAUCAGCGACUGUGGUUAGUGAGCACAAAGCUCUGUGUCAGACCUCAAAAAACCCCUGCAGGCCAGGUGUUAAGAAGUAUAACGGGCACACACUUCCCUCCAACUAAUAAGCAGAACUAAUUAUGUUUAUAAUCAUUAUUUAUCAUGGUUGAUUUUUUUUCUUCUCUUUUUCUUGGGCACUACACGUCCACUGUGUUCAAAUGUUGGUGUCUCAGGGUUUUAGCAUGAAGCUUUGUCAGUAGGUGCUGACCAACACUAGCAGAGUGUGUGUGUUUGUGUGUGUGUGUGUGUGUGUGUGUAGUCAACGAAACAGCUGACAGUGACACGUUGACUCGUCAGCUACUUGAUUAUGGUGCGGUCUUAGAGCUGACUGGUGUACCACUCAGUAUUAUUAUAACAUAAUAGUGUGGGUUGCAGUGCUGGACUAACAAAUUACAUCCAGAAAGCAUUCAGAUCCCUUCAUCCUCCCUCAUUUCAUUACGUUGCAGCCUCAUCCAAAAUAUGUUUCAUCUACGCUCAAUACCCCCAUAAUGACAAGGUAAUAACAGGGCUUUAGACAUUUUUUUAAAACUUGAAAUAUCACAGACAUAAAUAAUCAGACCCUUUUACUCAGUACUUAGUUGAAGCACCUUUUGGCAGCGAUUUCAGCCUCGAGGAGUCUUGGGUAUGACGUGACAAGCUUUGCACACCAGGAGUCCAGUCAGCAAAAAAAAAAGCUGUUUGAAUCUUGUUUUAAGUGGAGUGAUCAGGCUUGUUGAACACCUUUUUAAUUAUAGUUUUUAGGUUUUUUUUGGAUUAAGAAAUGUUUUGCUAAAAAUCUGAAAAUGUCACAAAAGAGAAACUGAUUUCGUAUAAGGAGGAAAAAAACUAAUAUUCCUUUGAGAAAAAUGUGUGUUUUUGUUUUGUUUUUUAUAUAUUUGAAGUUUGAUGUAAAGCCCAGGCAAUGUCGGAACUAAACGAUCUUCUUAUUUUGAGAAGACCCAGUCUAUGUUUGAUUUAUUUGUUUUGUUUAUUUUGUACUGGUACUCUUUUUUUUUUUUUUUGUGAAAGAAAAAAAAUCUGCCUCUGUAACGUUGAGAUUUGUAUUUGAUGAUUUGCACAUGAAGGCAUGUACUGUAAAAUUUGAAUCCUAUUGCUGGGGGUUGUCUUUGCUCAAGUAGCAGGAGUUAUACUCCCUCAUGUUUUGCAUGUUUGAGUUUGGUGUCUUUGGAAAAAAAUGUAACAGUCAGUCCAGUUGCAGAGUCAUUUAUACAGUUUAUUUCUCAGGCACAGUUUGUAGGUUUUAGUAAAUUUUCAUAUUGUUACGUUUUUUAAAUCUUAUAUCAGGUUUAAUUCUGUGAAAUGUGUGAGUAGAAGGGGAGAACCUGAGCAUUUAAUCAGUCUUUUGCUCUGAGGUUCAUUCAAUGUUAAGUAAAAUUAAUUUCUGCAGCACAUUUCUUUUGUUGUUUAGUUUUGCAGUCAGUCUUUGCAGACACCUGGAGUGUAUCAACAUUUUUAUCAGCGUUUUAAAUUUUUGUUUUCACUCCUGCUGAAGUGUGUUUUCACCACAAUAUGCCAGCUUCAUUUGUUUGACUUUUGAAGCAUUUUAAUAAAGAGGCUCUCG